AUGUUUGCUCUGUAUCUCACAGCUGACUUGCAAGGGGUCACGAACUUGCGCCCUGACGAUACCCAAGACAACCCUUUUUGGUAUAUGUUCAAGGUUCAGUGUACUUCUUGUCGAGAGACUCAUGCCAAUCACGUUGGAGUCAACCGAUUUGAGACCAAUGAGAUGAGUGGGAGUCGAGGAGAGGCCAACUUUGUAUGGAAGUGCAAGAACUGCAAGCGAGAGUCAUCAGCCUCUGUCAAGGCUGGACCUUUUCCUUAUGAGCAAACUGAACCAGCCAAGCCUCAAAAGAUCCUCGAGUUCGACUGCAGAGGACUCGAAUUCACCGAGUUCAAGGCUGAGGGCGAAUGGUUGGCCGAAGGCCUCGAGACGGGGACCAAGUUUACUGGCAUCGACUUGGAGGAGGGCGAGUGGUUCGAAUACGACGAGAAGUCUAACGAGGAAGUCAGCAUCAAUGAUGUCAAGUGGGAAGUCCGCCGGUCGUGA